AUGGUCAAUUUCACUCAGCUCGCAGCUUUGACUGCUAGUGCGAUCGGCGUUAGAGCUGGCUUUGCCAACUCGACAACUCCACAGAUUUCCGAUCUAAAGAUUGCUGACAUGGACACAGGUACUUCCGACAUUGUAGGCACCUACGAUACCGCUUUUGUCGAGUUGACCGUGAAGGCUACUGAGUUGGGCGCGUGCUGGUUCCAGCUUCCACCCAACUACGUCACGUACCCCCAGGACACUCCUUACAACUGGGACUACGGUAUUGUCAACAACUAUGGUGACAAUAACAUCACCAUUGAUAUCACCAAAGUUCCAGAAAGUGGUGAGGCCAAAUUUGGUAUCGAAGUGUAUUUCACCACAGAGGUUCAAAACGCUAUCCAGAAGCCUGGCAAAGACUCUGUUGUCGUUGAGACCUCUAACGGCAGCAUGUCUAUUGACCUCAACUACAUCGACGUGCCUUUGUAUGAGCCAUCUGUUCACACUGAUCUAACUCAAAGCAGAAUCAUCUACGAUGUCUACGUCCCAGCCUCCAUGAUCACCAGCAACACAUCGGUCACGGCCCACAGCUUCGACGGUCGCAAGUUCGACUCAUCCUUGUGCGCUGUUUACGACGUCACUCAGGCAAAGACUUUCGAUCCUUAUGAAGACCUAAACCUCGUUAGCCCAGACUUCGAGCCUUAUUCCUGGGACGGCUUCUCCAAUGAAUCUGACAUCUACUUCCCUUACCGUACUACCCCAAUCGUGGGCGCUAAGUGGGUUAUGUUCAAGUUCUUUGCUGAUGUUCCAGAAGGUCUUCAAUACUACACCCAAGAUAUCACCGUGAACAUCGACGGCGAAGAGACUACCAUCACCACCCACACAUACUCCAAGUACUACCCUCGUCACAUCGAGGAGCCUGACUACAAGUUCGGUGGCGCAAGCGACAUGGGCAACGGCAACAGCAUCACCUCUUAUUCUGAGAGCACAACUGCUGUUGCGACUGCUUCUCUGUCCUCUGCCUCUUCCAACGGCACUGCUGUGUUUACCGGAGCUACCACUGCCACUGGCUUUUCAAAUGGCACUGUCACCAUGACUGGCUCCGCUUCUUCGACUGCUUCCGCCGCUGGCCAAGCUUCUGCUUCCGCCUCUGGCCAAGCUUCUACUUCCGCCUCUGGCCAAUCUUCUGCUUCCGCCUCUGGCCAAGCUUCUGCUUCUGGUUUUGUCAACGGUACCACUUCUGUGACCGGCACAGGCUCUGCCACCACCACUACUGCUAACAUUCUGUCCACCACUGUCAUCACCACAUGUCCUACCUGUGAAGUGAAGGCCACCACCGUUGGUGUUUCCACCGCUACCGUGACCAAGAACGGUAUUGUGACCGCCUACACCACCUACUGCCCACUAUCUGCCGAGACCGGUGCUCACACCGUCUCUCAAGGUACCACCUACGCACCAUCUGUGGUGAUCUCCGAGGUCGAGUCUGGCAUCUACACUGCAUACACCACCUACUGCCCAUACCCUGAAAACAAGUCUGCUGCCCAAGCCACCACCACCGCUUGUGUGAGCUGUGGCAACCAGACUGCUUCUGUGUCUGGCUCUUACUCCGCUGCUGCUGCGGCUACCAAAGCUGCCUCGCUCAGCGUAUACGAAGGUGGUGUUGCUGCCGUCAAGGGUGGUCUAGCUGCUGCCGUUCUCGGAGCUGCUGCCGUUCUGUUCUAG